ACUGUUCGAAACGUUUAUACGUACGCGAUUAUACCAACGGUGUCAACCUCGAGUCAGUUAAAAAAUGCCUCCCAAAAAAGUAAAGGCAGAUUAUAUUCUGUUCGGAGGGAGCAUCUUGACGAUGGAUGAAGACAACCAGGCCACAGCUGAAGCCGUGGCCAUCAGGGAGGAGGAGAUCGUCGCCGUGGGGACGAUGGAAGACGUCUUCUCCUUCAAUGGAGUUAAGACAAAGAUGAUCUACCUUAACAAGCAGACCCUGAUGCCCGGGUUUAUUGAGCCACACCAACACGCCAUCCUUACCGCCCAGACAAACAGCCAGUUCAUCAACAUAAGCGGUGUCAAUUACAGGAGCUACCAUGGUAACCCGGGGAUUCUUGAAGUCAUGGAGAAAGAAAUGAAGACACUUGCUGGUGUCCAAGAAAACUCCAAAUGGGGUUUGUUUUUCGGUUGGGAUCCAGAGCUCGUGCCCGACCUUCCGACGCUUAGCGCCGCCUACCUGGACGCUACUUUCCCCUCAAAUAUUCCGAUGGCAGUGGUCGGACAGAGCGGUCAUGUUGCCUGGGUUAAUAGUGAGGCUCUGAAACUGGCAAACGUUAAUAAUGACACACCUCAGCCUCACGGUGGGACUUAUGUCAAAGACGAAGAGGGCAACCUCACCGGGAAGCUUCUCGAGGAGCCUGCUAUUAUGGGCGUCAUAGGGACGAAACCCCCUCCAAGCCAAGCCGAGAUCGAAGAGUCAGUCCGGAAACAGUGGAAAUACUAUGCUUCAGUGGGCUUCACGACCGUCACGGAACUGGCGUACACACCAAAUCCAGCCUAUGAUAGGUUUUUGAAGACCAUCUCUGCCUCGGAUAAGUGUCCAAUCCGACUCGCACUAUAUCGGCUCAUACACCCAGUAGAAGAUUGUCGUUUGGAGUCGAAGGCCUCGGGGUCGAAGACCAAAUCAAGUUUGGCGCCUCCACCACGAUCAUAUUGUCCAAGGUUCAACUCUUACAGCGAAGAUGCUGACGGGCUGCCCAGGUCUGGUGCUGAAGUGCCCAGCAUUGGCAAGUACAACGACAAGCUCUGGGAGGCCGGCGUGAAGAUCAUCGCUGAUGGCUCCCCGCACACCGGCACCUCAGCAGUACGUGAGCCCUACCUGCUUACACAACUGACUGAAACCCUUGGCUUUCCCCCAGCACCAGGGUACGGCAUUCUAAAUUAUGACACGAAGGCUAUGUUGGACACAAUCAGAAAGUGCCACAAUGAAGGAAAGCAGAUUGCAAUUCACAGCCAUGGGGAACGAGCUAUCGAACAAGUCCUGAAAUGUUACGAGGAGGUCUUGGCCAAUGAUCCGUGUACUAUGCGCCAUCGUAUGGAGCAUCUUGGCCUCGCGACCAAAGGACAGAUCGCCAGAGCUGGUAAGAUCAAACUUGCCCUGUCAUUCUUUGUGGAUCAACUUCGCUUCUACGGGUUGACCUUCAAGGAUGGUAUCUUCGGCGAAAGUAGAGUCAAUCGCUGGACUCCACUUUCUGAGGCAACAAAGAGUGAAGUUACUUGGACAAUUCACCAGGACCAGCCAACAUUUCCUGGCCAAGCCACACCCUUCGCUAACAUGAAGACGGCCAUAACUCGCUGCGAGAGGGACCACCCCAACACCCCAUACGGCCCAGAGUACCGCGUGCCCAUCGACGAGGCUCUCAAGGCCUACACCGUCAACGCGGCAUGGCAGCUUCACUUGGAGAAAGAAGUGGGUAGCAUCACAGUGGGCAAGAAGGCCGACCUGGUGGUGCUGUCUGAGAACCCGUACAAUGUGGAACCAGUUAACUUGGAGAGGAUUCAAGUCAUUGAGACAUUUCUCAAUGGCUGCCGCAAUGAACUUGCUAAAUUCCAAAACCUUCCUAAGACUGACUUCCAGAUACUUGUGCGUCGCCAUGACAACCCGUAAGAGAAGCUACAUGUGCGCAGGAUCAAUGGGGGUGGUCCAGCAAACUAAAGGCAUUGUAACAGUUUUGCCUCGUGGUAACUAAAAACAGGGAGCUAGUUGCAACUAUACAUUUAAUCUUUUGUUAGGUUAGGCCUACCAGUAAUUAUACCAUGCUAUGUAAACAGAUUGUAUGUAAAGCGGUCUUUAGAAGAUUUUUAAGUGCCAACGCCUACCAAUAAUUAUACCAUGCUAUGUAAACAGAUUGUAUGUAAAGCAGUCUUUAGAAAGACAUUUUGUUUUGUUGCUAUUUUUAAACUUGAUCCUUCGCUAGGUUAGGGUUGGGGUUAGGAUUUAGAAUACAACGACUUGUCAAUGCAUGGAGGUAGAAAUAAAGCAGUCUUUUAGAAAGACACUUUGUUACAAUGUUGUUGCUUCGUUUAAACAUGAUAAUUUGAUAGGUUAGGGUUAGGAUUUAGGGAAACAAAGAUUUGUCAAUGCAUGGAGGUAGAAAUAAAUCAUUCUUUAGAAAGACACUUUGUUAUGUUAUUGCUUCGUUUAAACAUGAUAUUUUAUUAGGUUAGGGUUAAGAUUUAGUUAUUCCGCCAUUUAUUUAGGGAUACCAAAAUAAUACAUUAUGCUACGUGAACAGAUUGUAUGUGAAGCAGUCUUUAGAAAGACACUUUGUUAUGGUGUUGCUAGGUUAGGGUUAAGAUUUAGGGAUACAAAGAUUUGUCAAUGCCUACCAAUAUUUCAAGAUAUGUAAACAUAAAGCUGUCUUUAUAAAGACACUUUGUUGUGUUGUUGCUACGUUUAAAGGUUUCUGAUCUUUUGUUAGGUUACAAUUUAGGGAUGCAAAGAUUUGUCAAUGCCUACCAAUAUAUAAUGCUAUGUAAACAGAAAGUUUGUAAAACAAUCUUUAGGACACUUUGCUAUGUUGUUGCUACGUUUAAACAAUACAUGUUAUUAGUUUAGGUUAUAGGGUUAGGAUUUAGGGAUACCAAAAUAAUUGUCAAUGCCUGCCAAUAUAUCGUGCCAUGUAAACAGAUUGUAUGUAAACCUGUCUUUUGAAAGACACUUUGUUGUGAUAUUGCUUUGUUUCAAAUGAUCUUUUGUCAGUGACCAGGUAAAUACCACUUAGCCAAUUAAAGAUAGACAAGAAGGACAUUUUGUAAAAGUCUCUCUGAUUUUUAAUACGUGAUAAAAAUGUUGUUUAUAUGUUAUCGUACCAGCUAUAUUCACUCUGACAUAAUGAAAUACUGUUAGUAUACAAAUAAAUAUUAUUUUUGAGUACCUGAGGAGCAAAAUAAUUUUUACUAACCAUGGAUAACAAUAAUCUGCAUCGCUCGCCUUUUAGUAGAAACGUCAGAGAUUUGUCCGUUACUUUGUGCGAUUUGACCAUACAAAAUAUAUGUUAAAGGCACGGGACACCUUUAAUAAUUGUCAAAGACCAGGGUAAUCAUAUUAAAGACUCCAAGUGUUAUGAAAUCGUAAAAAUGGAACACAUCAAAUCAUCAGUGCUGGAGGACUCAAGAUCGAUCUUGGACUAGAAAGCGAGAACUCCGACACUGACUCAAACAACAGAGACUUGAAUAAAGCACUGCAGAUUUUAAAAUGAAACUUUAGACUUAAAAAGAUAAAAAAGUGUUAGAUGCUGUCAGCUUUCGAGGAGUGUGUUGCUUCUAUGAUUAAGACUUGGUUAAAUACAUUUCUUAAUAAUUUCAGGAUAAUAUUUCAGGAUAAUUUCAUUUGUUUGAUGGGAACCCCCAAAACAGUUUAAAGAAAUUGUUUAAAGGAAACGUUGCCUUGGA